CAUCAAGUGCAAGAAUGGCGAGACAUGCAACUGAGUCGGCGGAGAUUGAAGCAGCCGUCGACGCUGUGCAGAGCGGCUCAAUGUCGUUGCGGGAGGCGGCACGCAAGUUCGAUGUGCCGCGCACCACUCUGCAACGCCGGGUGCAGCGGAGGGUGUCGGAAGCGUCGGGUUCAGUGGUCGAGACCUCCGAUCAAGUCCAACAAGAAGCUCCUGUGGUUGCUGUCGCUGAUACCAACAAUCAGAGCGAUACAAGCAACGAGGAUGCUGCGGAGGCCAAUGGGAUUGAUAACCAGAUAGUUGCUAUUACAGGCCGCAAGCGAUCGGCGAGUCAUUUGGAUACGCCCAGUAAAGGUGGACGAUGUUUUGGCUGAAUAUGACGAGGCUGAGAGUGGGAAUUUGACUCUUUUCGGGAGAUUUUAGGACCGAGAAAAGUGAUUAAUUGCAAGAUUCGAAUGCUGUGUACGGCGGCUGGGAGUGCGUUGGACGAGCUGAGCAAUAAGAUGAUUAGGGAGGGCAAGUGCAUUUACAAGUUGGGUUUGGGCCAGUCGCCAUUCCCAAUCCCACAGUGUAUUGUCGAUGAAUUGCGAGCCAAUUCGCACCGAAGAGAUUAUCUACCGGUUGCAGGGUUACCGGAGCUUUGUGACGAUAUUGCAGCUUGGGGAACGAGUCGGUUGCAUAUCAAAUACACUCGAGAUGACGUGUUGGUGGGGCCUGGCACCAAAGAGCUUCUGUUUGUGCUGCAGACAGUUUACUAUGGAGACCUACUGCUGCCCAACCCAAGCUGCACGAGUUACGCGCCUCAAGCUGCUAUUGCUGGAAGGAAUAUGAUGUGGCUGCCAACACAUGCUGAAGAUCACUUCGUGCUUCGUCCAGAAGUACUGGAAGCUCAUUGUGCAAAAGACGCAGAUGCUCCUCGGAUUCUCAUUCUAAACAGUCCGUCCAAUCCAACUGGCUGCGCUUAUCAAGCCGAUGAGCUGGAGGCACUCGCAAAAGUUGCAAGGAAAUACCGGAUCCUCGUGGUUUCGGACGAAAUUUACUCCGAGCUGCAUCAUUCCGGCACACACCUGUCACUAUCCAAAUACUACCCUGAAGGAACCAUCGUUUCAGGAGGAUUGAGCAAAUGGUGCGGCGCCGGUGGGUGGCGUAUGGGUUUCUGGUUGUUCCCUCCCAGCAUGGACUGGUUACGCAGUAGCAUGCUUGUCAUGGCGUCCGAAACAUACACUUCGGUAGCGUCGCCUAUCCAGCACGCCGCUCGACGAGCGUUCGUUCCCAAUUGCAUCGAGCUCGCGUCGUACAAGCGCAAGUGCCAGAAGACGCUGCAGCUUAUCGGUCGCUGGUUCGCCUACCAAUUGCAGAAAAUGGAUGUCGAAGUUCAAGUCCCCGAGGCCGGUUUCUAUCUGUUCCCGUGCUUUCGACGACACCGCAAGGCGCUCGCAUUGAAAGGCAUUUCGACUGACGAGCAGCUAUGCGCACAGCUGUUGCAGGAUACGGGAGUGGCAAUCUUGCCAGGCUCAGCCUUCGGUCGUGCACCAGACGAACUCUUUGCUCGACUGGCAUUCGUGGACUUCAAGGGCGACCUCGCACUUUAUCUCAUCGAGAGUAUGCAAGACGACCCGUCUCUGGAGGCUAUUGAAGGCUUCAUUCAGUCAGUCUGCCCGAAUCUUGAUAUCGCCAUGCGCAAACUGGCGGCGUGGAUGGCUCUUGCUCGACCGUCUGCUGCUCCUGCAACGGCAGGCGUCGGCUACUAGAUUGCUUUGAUUAAGAUAAACCGGUACCGGUAACCGUAAGCGCUCGGUCGCCUCGGCGUUGCCAUCGCAUGAACGGAAAAUAAAUUUUUCAAUGAGCAGGUUGCGCAAGGAUAUGAUCCGAGUCCAACUUGGACUAACGUCACUCUGUGAAACUGUAGCGAGUCUGUGUGACGCACUGCCGUUUCUUGUCGAACGAGAUCUUAUUCACCUGGAUAUGGAAGCAAUACCGUGAAUGGGAUGCAACUUGAACGGCAACAAUCAACAUCCCAGAUAAACAAGACUACGUUCUCGACGCAAAUGAGUUGGUGCCAGUGACGCCACGUUGAGCUUUCGUAGUUGAGGCCAGGGCAGACAACUUCUAUGAACCGAUCUAUGUAAGAACGGUUCGAUCAAUUAGAGGCGAGAACGCAGCAAGCCUCCUUUCGUCCAAGUAAGGAAACCUUUCCAUCAAUAAUAACCAGCUUUCACAUGCGUAGCCAUCGGCAGCGAUCGAUGGGAAGGUUGACCUUUAUUGGUGUCGCUUUAAGUUUGACCAUUCUAGUACAUUUGAAGUCGUUCUUUUUCUUGCUAGUCAGCAUUUUUUGAAACGCUCCAUAAUAACG